AUGGCUUUCAUGAUGCCCGUUGUAAAAAAUGAUUACAAUAUUUACAAAUCGAACCGGAACAGACGAGUUUCCGAGUGUUCUAACGACAAGACGUCCGGCUCGUCGGGCUCGUCGUGCGGCGGAACCAGGCGGGUACACAGCGGUUCCCGGUCGGCGGACGGCCCGUCGCUGUCCACGUCGCCAGGCAGUGAUUUCAUGGUCGGCUCGCCGGCGCACCGGUCGCUCGGUGGAGUGUCCAGACAGACAGCUUUCCACCAUGGUAGCCAGCAACACCAUGGCAGCCAGCAGCACCACCAUGGGGUGGCGUCCAGAAACUCGUCCCGGAACUCGCAGUCCAGCCUACAGAGCCCCGCCAAGUCGUCGUCGUCGUCCUCGUCACCGCCCAAGGUGUCGUCCACGUCGUCGCUCAACAUGUUCCACUCGAAGCUCGUCGACAAGCUCAGACGGUCGCUGACGUCCAAGUCCAAAGACAAUAGCACAUCGACGGCGUCCAGCAAGGAUAUUGCGAGGAGAAGAUCCUGA